AUGCAGAAAAUUUCUUUGAUGAGAUCGUCACUUAUCACACACAAAUCCCAUUUCAUUCAACCAUUUGUCGUACAACCUUGCCGUAAAUCAUUUCUAAUACCAAUUCCAACUCGUUCGGCUCAUUCUCGUACGUUUUCAAUUAUUAAUUUUCUAAGGACAAUAGUCGGCCCACUAUCUUUUCUCUCUCGUUCCCUUUCACAACCUCAAAAGGCAACGCAGGAAUUGGAAUCUCAAGCGUUAGCCACUUAUGAAAAAAUCAAAUUACCAAUAACACAUACAUUUAAUAGAAUUCCUGGAUUUUUGGGUAGAGAGCAUGAGAUACGUAUUUUGAAUGAUUUAUUAAGUGGAGUUCCAAAGUUUUUGAUCGUGAAUGGUUCUACAAGUGUGGGAAAAACCUCUCUGCUGCGAGAAGUCUUAUCCGACGAUCGAUAUCAUGUGACUUACAUCGAUUUGCGAAUCCCAGGAUUUGCGGAUCUUCGUUCAUUUAUAUCAGAAUUCGCGUCGCGUUUAGAAAUAUUUUUUACGAGAAUUGCUUCAUUUUACCCCAAUCUCAAGGUUUUAGAAGAUGAAGCAAUCGCCCUUAGAAGUUUACGAUUGGGUGGACCUGAAAGUUAUGAAAAGAAACAAUUAUUACAAAAUGUGCAAGAAUCAGAAAAUGAUGAUGAGUCGGAUGCUGCUUCUGUCGCGACAAGUCAGAAUCGAAGUGAUCUCGCCAAAUUAUUGGAGAAAUUUCAAGCUGGGUUAUUGAUGUAUCAUGAAGUUGAUCUCAAUGAGAAGGAGGAAAAUAAAGAGAAUGUUGCAAAAGACAGAUACCGGAUACACGAACAUGAUAAGGACACGAGAAAAAAGAUUCCUAUAAUAGUUUUCGAUGAAGCUCAUAAAUUGAGAUCUCUUUUGAAUGAUAUCGAAGCUCUGCAGAUACUACUGGAUGCCUUUGUAGUCCUCACGGUACAAGAUAGCUUGUGCCACAUCAUUCACGUUACUUCGGACGCCUUUUACGGAAGAUUAUUGUCACAAAGUACCGAGCGAGACUUAGGCAAGAUUUCAUGUGAUGAUCAUUUAGAGCGUCAUACGAAAUCUUUAACCAUUGGUGAUUUAUCCCGAUCAGAAGUCAACAAAUAUUUUCACAAGACUCUAGCACCGUCCGUCCCACAAGAAAUACGCGAAGGAAUCUUCAAAAUGGAAGAUGAUCUUCACAAAGUUCUUGGUGGAAGAAUUUUAUACUGGAAAUCAUUUGUACAAGAUUAUAUUCUUUCGAACGGAAGGCUAACAAUUGAAAAAUUUGAACCAUUCAUUCGGGCGCAACAUCAACUUAUUUUAUUUUCAAAAGAUUUACCGGUAGAUGAUGAAAUUCCCGGUGAUCCGAUUAAACGCAUAAGUCGAUAUAUUAUUGCCAGUCCAAUGAAUAAGGUUUCCUAUCAUCGUUUGUGUAAGGAAUUCACUCCACCUGUUAUAGAUGCGUUAAUCAACGAUGGGAUUUUGGAGUAUAGAUUGAUUGAUGAAAUUGGCGAUGGGGAUGAUGCAUUAUCGGUCGAAAAACCUUUUGUUAUUCCUUCAAGUCAUCUAAUGAAACAUGCUAUGGAAAUUUUACUAGGAGAGAAAUCACGGAUCGAAAAAAAUAUUUAA